GAAUCCAUUUAUCCCCUCAGGAAUUUCAUAGAGAAGUAGAACAGUAUUUGUCUCAGGCCAGCCAAGGACAAAGUGAUACCAUCUUGCUUGACUGUAGGAACUUCUAUGAAAGUAAAAUUGGACAUUUCCAGGGCUGUCUGGCUCCAGAUAUCAGGAAGUUCAGCUACUUUCCCAGCUAUGUGGAUGAAAACCUGGAGCUUUUUAAGGAUAAGCGUGUCCUGAUGUACUGCACGGGAGGGAUCCGUUGUGAAAGGGGCUCUGCUUACCUACGGAGCAAGGCAGUGUGCAGAGAGGUUUACCAGCUAAAAGGUGGAAUUCACAAGUACCUGGAAGAGUUUCCAGAUGGAUUCUACAGGGGGAAGCUGUUUGUAUUUGAUGAUCGUUACGCCAUUUGCUCCAAUGAAGAUAUCAUCUCAGCAUGCAAAUACUGUGGGACACUGUGGGACCAGUAUAAACUUUGUUCCAGCCAGCACUGCCGACAGCUUGUUCUGACAUGUCCAAGUUGUUGCAGAAAAGGUCUUACAGCUUGCUGUCCUGUUUGUCAAGAGAAAGAGCUCCAGGUGAAUUCAAGGGCUUCAGGACAGACACUUAAGGAGGAAUGUGAAUGUACAAGGAGAAGGCCAAGGGUACCUAUUGAACAUGUCUCACAAAGGACGCUGGGUGUGGGAGAAGAUUGAGCUGUUCCAUUGGCUCACCUGACACGUGCUAAUGCAAAAGGCUUCUACAACCAGAUCCGUCUGUUAGGUUUGGAAAUUAUGAAAUGUGUUGGCUUGGGAAGUCUUGUUCAUA